CUAGAGCCUAGAGGUACUCUCGUCUCUCCUUCAAUGCCACAAAUCGAAUAAGUACACAACUUUCUUGGAGAAAGAAAAGAUCCACACUAAAGCAAGCUCUCAAGAAUGAUGAGUUUCUUGAAGAUGGUAUCUCCACCACCUCCGGCGACAAGAUUCCGGCAACGUGUAACGGCGAACGGAGAUGGGUUUCCGGCGUUUCUUCCCAAGGAGGUACAAAACAUAAGAGACCCGUUUGCUAGAGCUUUAGCUCAAAGGAUUGUUCGAGUUCCUGUUCCUCUUCAGAUGGGGAACUUUAGAGGCAAUGUAAUGAGUAGUUGCAUCAAACCACUUGUUCAAUUACAUGACCAGAGUCCUGUUGUUCUUCUCCAUUGUUUCGACAGUUCGUGUUUAGAAUGGAGAAGGACUUAUCCUCUGCUUGAACAAGCUUGUCUUGAGACUUGGGCUGUUGAUGUUCUUGGUUGGGGCUUCUCAGAUCUUGAGAACCUUCCACCAUGUGAUGCAGCAAGUAAGCGACAUCAUUUAUUUGAGCUUUGGAAAACAUAUAUCAAACGACCAAUGAUUUUAGUUGGACCAAGCUUAGGAGCAACAGUAGCUGUUGAUUUCACUCUUACUUACCCUGAAGCUGUUGAUAAGUUGGUCCUCAUUAACGCCAAUGCGUAUUCAGAAGGAACCGGUCGGCUUAAAGAGUUACCAAUAGCCGUUGCUUAUGCCGGGGUUAAGUUGUUGAAGUCAUUCCCUCUUCGCCUUUUGGCCAACGUGUUAGCCUUUGUUUCCUCACCCUUAUCCGAGAACAUAGAUUGGACUAAUAUUGGCCGGUUACAUUGUCAAAUGCCAUGGUGGGAAGAUGCUAUGGUCGAUUUUAUGAUUAGCGGAGGCUAUAACGUUGCGUCACACAUCAAACUCAUCGACCAUAAGACGCUCGUUGUAUGCAGCGAGAACGAUCAGAUUGUCAGCAACCAGCUCUCAGUUAAACUGUUGUGUGAGCUGGCUAACGCGGUUUUCCGGGAAGUACCAGAUUCCGGCCAUCUUCCACAUGUUGAGAAUCCUAAACACAUUGUGAAGCUGAUAUCAGAUUUCGCCAGUGGAAAGCUCUAUUGAUUUCAUAUAUACAGUAACUAUGGACCAUUGGAGUUUUUAACUAGAUUAUGAAUAAUAUAUAAAUAGAUUAGUUUAGCCUUAUGGCCCUGGGAUGGCCAAAAAGGGAAGCUAUAGAAAACAUAUAAUGUCAUCAUUUUCGUAAGCUAAGUUAUAAGAGUAUUGGUUUAAUGAAAAAAAAUUGGGGUAGGAAUCUUUGUAUCAAACCAAACUCAAAGAAAGAGAUGAUUUUAAAUAUUGUAUCUAAAUUGUAAUGAACUUAAAGACAAUUGUUUGAUUGAUCUCUCGACUUUUUAAUGUUAUUUUU